AGUGGAAACAUCUACUGCCGAAACACCGAAGAUACCUGAACAAUUUGUAGAUCUGGCGAGUUAUUUAUAGCUAACUUUUUUCUCCUCCUCCAGUUCUCCCCAAAUUGUGACCUUGUGCAACGGUUCUAACGAAUGUAGGAAAAUCCCAAAGUUUACGCGGAGUUUGUGGGGUUUAGGAAUAUUCGGUUCAUUUGACUUUUUUUAUCAGUGUUUUAUUGUUUUACUCUGUCAAAAAAUGGCUACGAUGAACAUUCAGCUGAACAAACAAAAUGUUGGGGAGCCGUGGGGAUUCAGGCUUCAGGGGGGUCAGGACUUCCGCCAGCAGCUCAUGAUAAAAAAGGUACAAGCUAACAGUCCAUGCGCUGGUCGUCUAUCGCCAGGUGACGCUGUUGUAGGAAUUAACAACUACAAUGCCAGGGAAUUGACGCAUGCGCAGGCACAGAACUUAAUCCGACAAAGCGGAAAUAACCUUCAAUUAACGGUUCUCAGAAACCAAGGAAGUGGACUUGACAGAAUUGAGUCGCUCAAACCAAAAGGACCUGUGAAAUUUUCUCCGUGGAGGCAACAGUAGAUACUGGACACCUGUGCACGGGGUGGUUCCUGUAUACAGUGAAGUAGCGUGAUUCACGUUCUGUGUCUAUCGUGCACGAGAUCUUGCCGGAUGGAUUACAGUGAUAUUAUUUUGAAUUCGCCAUUUGUUUUAAAAGACCUGCUUAUUUUACAUGGGAUAUACAAAGUUCAUUUAGUGUCUGUGCUUUUAAUUCUAGUAUUUUAAUUUAUUGAUUUUUUUCUCAAUUUAAAAGCAUUUGCCUAUAAAGUCUGAAAAUCUAUUAGCUCUGUGUGAAAAAACCUUUAAAGUAUUCCCCGUUUUAUUUCAUUAUUUCUCACAUUUUAAAAAAUUAUUUUGCUUUUUUUUUUGCUUUAUUUGACGUUUCCAAAAUGCUACAUUUCUUGCCUUUAACUCCAUUGCAUUAUUGUAUCGUUCAAAUGUUGAUGAUGACGAAAUUAUGACGUAAUGAAACGUCAUUUGUGAUGAUUGUCAUGGACAGUAAAAUGUUUUGACUGUUAGAUAAUCAGGCCGAGAGGUGCAAUAUGGUCAGGUGUUGUCAAUAUUCAUAGAGUGUUUCUGAGUUGUUUUAUUUGUCUUAUUAUAACAGUUUGUAAAUACUGAUGAUUGAUCAUCUAAAGGAGAGUUUUUUUU